GAAAACAUUCCCCUAACACCUCUAACUAAUUUAAACACUGUCAAAAAAGACAUCUACGAUGCAGAAUUUGACUAUGACAUCGAAUAUAUCUUGCCCCAAGCCAUCUCAGAAACGCCCCCUGAAAAUUUUCUAGUCGAUGUCAUAAAACAAGAGCCCAAUGACAUUGAGAUUACUGUUGAAGACCGAUUCAAUAAUGACAGUUACCUCAACGAUGACAGCUACAGUGAUAACGAAGUGCUGACUAUAGAUUUUGACAAGCUAAAAGAAUUGGAAAACGACCAGAUAAAUGUUAAGAAGAAAAAAUCUACAAUCAAAUCAGAGGAGGUCGGGAAUCAGAGUAUAUUGAAGUAUCAAAGCAAGGCUAUAAUAACAGAUUUAAAUGUAGAUCUGACAGAUAUGAAGAAACAUUGCAGUAAGGUUGUGUUAAGUGAGAAGGAGAUAGAAGAGUUGUUGGAGAGAGACAAAGCUAUACAUAAAGUGAUGCCGUUUAAGUGUAAGGUUUGCAAGAAGGCUUACAGGCGGUCGAUCGAUCUAAGAAGGCACGAGGUUUUCAACCAUAUGGAGUCUCCCCCAUCGAAAUGCACCGAAUGUGACGUCACGAUAUCCUCCUGGCAAGCCUUACGCAAGCAUUGGCGACGUCAUAACGCGUACUACGCAUGCGUGGCGUGCGGUUGGCUGUCUCACUCCCGCGCGGCGCUCACCAAGCAUCUGUCUCGCUCGCACGCACGCGCGUACGCAUGUCGCGACUGCGAUAUUACCUGCAGUACUCUAAGGGAAUUCAGCAACCACUACAAGGAAAGCCACGAGCGAAUCAUAUGCGACCACUGUAACAAGAGUUUUGUUAAAAAGAAAACACUGGAGAUACAUAUCAAGCGCCACCACACCCCAGCUACCUGCAUAGAAUGUAACCGGACCUACGCUCACUACCACGUCUUAGAGAACCACUACCGCAUGCAACACCCACACUUGACCAAGAGUAGUCACUUGAGCGUCGAACUGGCGUACUGCGUGGAAUGCGACAAGCAAUUCCCGACGGUGUACAAGUAUAAGCGACAUCUAGCGACGGCUGCUAAGCACACACCGCCUAAGAGGGUCAGGGUCCCCUGCCCAGAAUGCGGCAAAGUCUUCGCUCGUAAGAUCCGGAUGACCAACCAUUACAAGUCUGUGCAUGUCAACACGACUAAACAUCGAUGUGACAUUUGCAACAAGACCUUCUGCUCGGCGUUCUCAGCGCGGACUCACAGACAACACGUGCACGAGAAGAUUCCGAUGCCGAAAAACAAAAUGUGUGACAUAUGCGGGCGAGGGUUCAGCACCAACCGCAUCUUAGCGAACCACCGACGCACGCACACAGGCGAGCGGCCGUACAAAUGCGCGCAUUGUCCAGCGACGUUCGCGCAACAUACGGCUAUGAGCACGCAUGCGCGAACACAGCACUUGCGCCGACGCCCCGAAAACGAAAACAGCUGAAGACAGUCCGCGUAGUGUUGUGAGCAGGGAUGCUAUGGAUAUCCGUAACCAAUGGGUUAUAAGUUUAUCGGAUAUCCGAAAUAAAAAAUAUCCGAAACCGAUUCAAGUUUUGGAUAAUCGGAUCGUUUAGGCGCGAUUGAUACAAUUCGCAAUUGGUCCAAUCAUGAAAAAUUUACAAAUUCGCGAUUGGUCCAAUUCGCGAUUGGUCCAAUUCGCGAUUGGUCCAAUUCGCGAUUGGUCCAAUUCGCUAUUGGUCCAAUUCUGACCAAUCGCGCCUAAACGAUUUCGGAUAAAGGCAACACUAAGUACGGAACUAUUCCCACCUCUCGUUCCCACCGCUGCAACUCCUGUGUAGCCAGGAUCUACAGCUUGAACCCCUAUA